AUGGCGGAGAAUCUGAGACUUGUACAUUUCAAACCCGAAGCCAACCCGCUCAUCGGGGUCAUUUCCUUAUAUCGGCCUCUUCGGGGGGGUCGGUGCCAAAAAAAAUUGCACUUUGGAUUGUGGCCAGCGAGCGGCAGCGGUUUUAAUGAUCGCGCCGACGGUAGAACACACCUGUCUUGGGGUCACGACCCACGAGGAGCUCAAGGCGUCUUGUUUGUCUCCGCAGGCGCGGAGCUGCUGGCGUUGUACAACCACCACCCGCCGCUGCGAGAGGGGCAGAUGAAGUACUACACCGUCAAGGUGCCGCUGCGGGUCCAGAACUGCGACGAGGGGGUCAAAGGAGUGGAGGCGAACUGGCUGGAUCACAUGACCCAGCACUUCAACAGCGGCGCCUCGCUGGUCGACGGGUACUUCCACCUGGGCAACGGCAGCGAUUUGCUGCCCAAGUCAGUCGAAAGCGUCUUCAUCUUCCAGGAGGCGUGCGAGGUUGAGCCCAACGCGGCGACCCCGGCGUACGACGCCAUCGUAGUGGAGCAGUGGACCGUCAUUAACGGUCUGCAGGUGAAGGCCGAUUACGUCCCCCUGCUGCAGUCGCUGGCCACGUACGGAUGGAGGCUCACCUGUGUGCUGCCGACUCCCGUGAUCAAGACCAACAGUGACGGAAGUCUGUCGACCAAACAGAUUGUUUUCCUGCAGAGGCCCGUCUUGGGCCGGAAGAAGAGGGAAUCCAAGAAAUUGAUCUUCAAGCCCCGCGGCAAGUCCAACAAGAACUGCGUCAAAGACACGGCAAAGAACAAGAAGAAGAAGAAGAAGAAAGCCAAAGCCGACAGUGAAGCAGAGGAUCCCAAGGCGACUGACCGCAGAGAGAAGGCUGAGCGAGAGGAAGAGAAAAGCAAGGACGAGACGCCCAACGCCGCCGACCGAGAGACAUCCAGAGGAAGGCGGCCGGGGUCUGAGGAAGAUGGAACGAUCGAAAUAAGCAUCGAAAAGAAAGACGGGGGAGCAGAGACGGAGGACAAAGGAGCAGGAAGCGGCGCGGCGGAAGAAGCGGGAACAAAGGGGAGCGGCGAUCCUUCAGGAGCCGAAGAGGUCCAGGGGGCGGCCGCGGAGACGCCCAGCGAGGCCAAAGAGGACGGAGACGGGGGGGGCGUGGCAGAGGCCGCGAUGGAAAACGGGGUGGGGACGGACCAGGAGGAGGAGGAGGAGGGAGAAGAGGUCGUGAGCCACCGCGGUGCAGAAGGGCCACCGGGCGAGGAGGUGAUCGCCAAGGAGAUCCCGCCGCCGGCGGCUUCGCGGGCCGCACCGACCGCCCAAAGCCAAGAGGAGGAAGAGUAGCCCCAGGUCGUCCCACUCAAGCUUUUUUUUUUUUUUUUUUUUCACCCUACCUCUCAAAUUCCCCCCCCGUCGCGAGAACUGCCCCUCAGUCGUUGGGGUAAACCCCCAAACCCUGAUCCCAAAUUAAAGGGCCCUCGAUCCCCAAACCCGCUGACCCUCGAUCUCGAUUCCCCCUGCAACAGAUGCGUCACGUGACUGCAGAGAUCAACAUGCUGAAUGUAUAUAUCGAAGACACAUCUUCAAUGUGGAAACACUGGAGUACCGCGGCGAAGGGGGGGCAGGGGGGGGGGGGGGGGGUUAAAAAUCCAGAAUGACGCCAUGAUCAGAUUGGGCGCCUUUUUGACUGGAUGUGAAACAGCUCAAAGUCUUGGUCACACACGCAUUUAAAGCGGCAGAAUGUGUUUCCUUUCAUCGGAUUGCGCGGAACUGGUUGGGUUUGUUGGUCUAAGAUGGAGGAAGCUACGGUAGCUUAGCUCAGGUCGUUGCGCCGCUAACACUUUUUACCCGCCUCCUACGUCGAAAAAAAAAAAAAAAAAAAAGAUCGUUGCGAGGAGUCCAUUCGAAAGUCUAAUGAACGUAUUGUUCCAGCAGAUAAGCAGCUUGCUAACUGACGGUUAGCGAUUGAUAAUCAAACAAAAAGGCGUGCGUACAAAAUGUGAGAGGGCAGCAAUCAGACCCUCGGUAAGUCCAAAUGUUUUUAUCGUGUAUUUCUUUUUACCAACUCGCCUUUUGAACUGUCCCUGCGUUCCAAAUUACACUGGGCCCCCCCUUUGUGGCGUGAACAGGCCUUUUAUCGGGUAAAAGUCACCGUGAUGGCCAUUUUUCCCCCGUCCCUUCCGCCGCGUGCAUCAGUCAGUCGUGAUGCGGGGGAGGGGGGGGGGGGGGGGGGGGGGGGUGUAGUCGGAGGAGCGCGCGCUGGUAGAGGUGAUGGGAAAGGGCGUUUGUUGCGACAGGCAAUCCAAAAGGAGGGUGAAGAGAUAAUUGUUUACGCCGAGCUCUAAGCUUCAAAGGGAGCCGAUAAUCGCCCUCUUGGUGGCGUGCGCUGAGCUCACCUUGCAUACGCAAGGCUUCAUACUCAGAGCCCAGUCAGAUAAGGAUGUGAAAAGUCAGCUCAACGUUUGGGGAGGGAUGG